AUGUUCUGCGGUGACUGUGGCUCGACCAUGUGGCGCCAGGGCGACACCUUUGCCGGCAAGCGCAUCAUCAAGGUCGGAACUCUUGACGACACCAAGAUCCUCGACAACAUGACGAUGAACGCCGAGUUGUACGUCGACCACAGGCCGAAGUGGGUGGGCUCCCAGGAGAGCGCGGCGCAGAAGGCGGGCAUGUAA